AUGACAAGCAAAGAAAAAAAAUAUGCACCAAUUAAAAUGCCAGCUAAAAAAGCUGGAGCUUAGGGAAAUAGUAAAGGUGGCGAUGAAUAUGAGCAAAACUAUAGAGAUUCUCCAACAAAGAAAAAUCAAAAAGGAGUCAAGAUGUAGCAAGAAUAAAUGACUAACGAAGACGACAUUUAGUUUAGAGGAAAAGUCAAUAAAUAAACCUUAGCUAUGGAUAUUUUGAGGGAAGGUUAUGUUUAGUCUUACAUAGAUUUUUUCUAUAUCACUUAACCAGAUUUUAAUGAAGGAGAUAAAGAUAAUAUGGAAAGAUAUAGUGUUAGUAUGGUUCUUGAAAAGGAAGAUAAGCUUUUAAAUUUAAAAAGAGAUCUUAUUAAUGCUGAAGAAGCUACAAGAUAUUUGUUUACAGAUAAAACACCUGCUAUAGAAGGGUACUUCAAGCUUGCUGAAACUUUCUUUGAAGAAUAUUAAGAUUAUAAAAUUGCUGCUUUCUUUUACAAAAGAUGCAUAUCUAUUGCUAAAGAUUGUGAAGAAAAAUAGCUUGAAGGAAGAGGAAAGUUAGGAUAUGGCAAGUGUUUUGAUAGAUAAGGAAAAACAGAUGAUGCUAUAGAAAUAUUGUAAAAAAGCUUAGAAGAAGCUGAAGAAAACUAACUUGAAUCUAUUGUUGAAUUGAUCUCAAGAGAAUUAAUCACAAUUUAUAAAAAAGUUGCUCAAGGAUUUGAAAAGGGAGACAAUGAAAGCAUUAAUGAAGCAUUAUUUUUCUAUGAAAAAUGUUUAGAAGUGGCUAAAAAGGCUGAUAGAGAAGAAGAUGAAGGAGAUAUUUGUCAUAAAAUGGGUUAACUUUACUUUAAAAAUCAAAAUUACAAUAGAAGUAUUGAAUACUAAAGAAAAUAUCUUGAAAUUAACUUACCUAUAAACUCUGAGGAAGGUAAGUAAAGAUAGAUGGAGGCUCAUGCUUCUUUAGCUAAGUGUUAUUUAAAGCUAAAUAUGAACGAUGAAGCUUAAAAUCACCUUGAAAGAUACAUUGAGCAUGCAGAGAAGCUACACUUGAACAAUGCUUAAUCUGAUGCUGCUUUACAUUUGGCUACUUUGUAUGCCUAGAAAGGAAAUAUUCCAAAAUCAUUAGAUUACUAUAAAUAACAUUUUGAUGGUGCAAGAACUGAAAAAGCAGAUAAGAAAGACAGAAAACUGGUAGACAGAGCUAGAGUUACACUAGGAAUAGCCAAAGCAAAUGCAAAUAUAGAUAAAUACAUAGAAUUAGUAAAGAAUAGUGAUAAGGAUAUAUAUAAGCUACUCGAAUGGAAGGCUAAGAAAGAUAAAUGA